AUGGAAUCGAAGAAAUGUGUCGAAGAGAAAGGGAAACACGGAAUAAAAAAUUGCAUCUGUCCGCAAGUUCUCUGGUUGAAAUCAUUCUCUCUAUAUUGGAUAUUCAUCGUAAUGGGCAUUGCAAAUACAAUUUUGGGAACGAGUCUCGUCCACCUGGAGAAGUUGAUGAACGUUGGAGAACAAACGAUGUCAACCGUAAUUACAUUUUUCGCUCUCGGCUACUUAAUCGGGUCGAUACUGUGUGCUUCCAUGUACGACCGCCUGAAACCUGAAUUCUUGUUCUUUGCGUUCAACAGUGUCGCGUGUGUGGCCACCAUUGGGGCUGGUCUCAUCUCGUCCUUCCCAUUUUUCGUCACUUUCGUCGUCAUUAAAGGAAUCGGAUUUGGAUUCAAUGACUCAGCUGGACAAUCUUACGGGCUUAGAAUAUGGAACAAACACCAAUGCAGAAAUUCAUUAAUUCAAGCCAUUCAUCUUUGCUGGUCUUUUGGAGGUAUCGUUGGGCCGUUCAUAAUCAAGCCAUUCCUCUGUGAAGUCAACCAUUCUUAUGAGAAUUUUAAUAAAACAUUAAACGAAAGUGAAAUUGUUUUUGAGCAGGAUAAAAUUUUGGGAAACAUAUCGACAACGUGCCUGGAUGUUAUUGAACUUGCAACUGUUCGAAAAGCUUUCAUAGUUGUUGGCCUUAUAGUUCUCUCCGCAAAUAUACCUUUUUUGAUAAUUUUACUAUUCAAUAUUUCAAAACAUAAAAAAUUGUCUCUUGUUCGACAGAAAAAGAAUGACGUGGUAAUAGAAGAUGUAACGGAAGAAAAAAUUUUUUUAGGAAAACCGGAUGUACAAACAAAUAGAAUUGAACAAAUUUUGCAUCUGAAACUUAUUUUGCUCACAUUCGUUUUUGUCUUCGGACUGUUGUGCUAUUACAUCGAAGGUGUAACAAUCGCGUUCAUAACAGCAUUUGCCUUGAAGCAUCUGCAUUGGUCUGUUUACCAAUCAAGUCUCAUUCUUUCAAUUUACUUUGGAGCUCACUUUGCGUGUCGGUUAUUGGGCGUUGUAGUCUCAGCUUUCUUGAAACCAAUAACAAUAUUAUCAAUUACAAUGACCGUAGCUACAACAGCCUUCUUGCUAAUGUUAGCCGUCAACGCUCUACCGAGUAUUCUCUGGGUUGUGGUUAUGUUGGCCGGUUUCGGAACUGGAAUUAUUUAUCCGACUAAUAUUAUUUGGGUGUCAGAGAACUUGUUAGUAACUGGCAAAGUUAGUUCAGUGAUUGUAUGUGGUGGGUCGGUUGGGUGGAUAACUGGUCCCCUCAUAGUAGGAAUGCUGACGUCUCAUUAUGGCCAAAUGUGUUUGGUUUACUUUCUUGUGGGCUCUUCAUCGCUAUUUUUAAUUCUGUUCAUACUCGAAGCCUUAUUUAUAAAAGUUUUUGGCAAAAAAAGACAUACUUCAAUAAUACAAAAUAAUAUAUUGAAUUGA